ACUUGUUUUUCGGAUCGACUAUUGAAAGAAUAGAGAGAGCUAUUGUACUCACCCUGGUGUUGGCGUCACCUUCACUCUUUGGUUAAGCUUUUGCAUGAAAGUUGAUAUCGCCAAAACUACUGAAGGAAUUGGGUUGAAAUCCAGAAUACACCAAUAAACACUUUCCCCAACUAGCAGACGACAGGCUAUUCUUAUCACUUGCUAUAAAGAUGGAAAAGUUUACCUCUGUGCUGAAGCUAGCAGUAUCGUAUUCCAGAUUUAGAAGUUUAAAGACCAUUCAAAAAAGAUGCCUUUCAACAAGUCAAAAGCUACAACAUAAAUGGGAGCCUGAUAUAAAUUUGGAUCCGGAAAUUCCUGAAUACAAUACAUUGAAUAUCCGGAUACAAGGAUAUGACUACCCAUGUCUGGAUUUCUUUUCUAAAUAUGUUUAUGUCAUAGCAAAACAGAUGGACAUUGAUUGUAAUAGGUAUAGUGUUCCAGCCAAGAAGUUAGAGAUCAAUUCAUUACAGUUUAAAUCUAAUGUAAUAUUAGACACAUGUAACUUGAAUCAUUAUGAAAGAGUGAUACAGUUAUACAGUCUUCCAUCAACAAAGCUUCAGGUUCUGAUGGAAAUGGUUUGGAGUUGUGUUCCUGAAGGAGUUAAUAUCACCCUAAAAGAGAACACAGACGAAGAUGUAGAGAUGAGAUAUAUACCUGACCAUCAAAAACUAAAAAUAGAAGAAAUGAUACAGGAUAUUGAAUCACGGCAGAUUAAGAAAUAAACAUCUGUACUGAAAUUUAAUUUUGCCAAAAUUGUGCUUGUGUCGACCUUAUUUGAUCUUAAAAAUUGAAAAAAUA